GCGCUGUCUUUGGGGGACGCGGAGUGCCAGAUAGGAAGGAUUUUCUUCUUCUCCGGCCACAGGAGCUGUAGACGGGAUCUGCCGAGGGUGGUCUGGGAAGGCGUUAGCCCUAGUUUUGGUGGUUCCGGAACCAUUAGGAGAUAGGUAGCCGCUUGGAAGGGUCUCGAGGAGAAGCAGCCGAGGCGGGUGGAGGCUGAGCCCUGCGGGGCGACGUGGGAGCCUCGGGCGUGGGGGGCUGCGGUGGCGCUGGCGGAGACCUCUCGCCGGAGACCGGAGAGAGGCGGGAGCAAGACGGUGUUGUGAAGGCCGGAGGAAUUCCUUGUACGGAGCUCAGAGAGAGAAGAGGACGCGGCAUUGCAGACACCUGAGAGAAAUCCUAGGGUUUGCUUCUACUAGGGCCAUUUCUCAGAGUGGAAACGGGGGUAGCGGUGAAGAAAGAUGUAUUGGCGGGAAGUGGAGACGCUCAAAAAUCUAUAGCAGAAGAGUUGGAAAAUAUUUAAGUCUCAACAAAUGAAUUCCAUACUUGAACUCUGCUGCAUUCCUGUGCCACCUCCUCCAUUAGAACACUGAUCUUACAACAGAGAAAAGAGGAAUAGAAGGUAGAAGAAGAUGCUGGGAUCUGAACGUGCUGUUGUGGAAGAAUGGUUAUCAGAAUUCAAGGCAUUACCUGACACUCAGAUCACCAAUUAUGCGGCAACUUUACACCGGAAAAAAACACUGGUACCAGCCCUCUAUAAAGUUAUUCAAGACUCAAAUAAUGAGCUCCUGGAGCCUGUCUGCCACCAGCUGUUUGAGCUCUAUCGUAGCUCUGAAGUUCGACUUAAGAGGUUCACACUGCAGUUCUUGCCAGAAUUGAUGUGGGUUUAUUUACGGCUUACAGUUAGCCGAGACAGACAGAGUAAUGGUUGCAUUGAAGCACUUCUGUUAGGAAUUUACAAUUUGGAAAUUGCUGAUAAAGAUGGAAACAAUAAAGUUCUGUCUUUUACCAUCCCUUCCUUAUCCAAGCCGUCAAUAUACCAUGAGCCCUCCACGAUUGGAUCCAUGGCCUUGACAGAAGGGGCAUUAUGUCAGCAUGAUCUCAUCAGGGUUGUUUACAGUGAUCUUCAUCCUCAGAGGGAAACAUUCACUGCACAAAACCGGUUUGAAGUCCUGAGUUUUCUCAUGUUAUGUUAUAAUUCUGCUAUCGUGUAUAUGCCUGCUUCAUCUUACCAGUCUCUUUGCCGAAUGGGCUCCAGGGUUUGUGUGAGUGGGUUUCCACGGCAACACGAAAAACAGUGGAAAGAACUCUGUGGUCGAAUAGUGUUGGAUCCCGAAUUUAUGGUGCAGCUUCUCACAGGAGUUUAUUAUGCCAUGUAUAAUGGACAAUGGGACCUUGGCCAGGAAGUCCUUGAUGACAUCAUCUAUAGAGCUCAACUAGAACUCUUUUCUCAACCACUAUUGGUUGCCAAUGCCAUGAAAAAUUCAUUACCAUUUGAUGCUCCUGAUUCUUCACAAGAAGGCCAGAAAGUACUUAAAGUUGAAGUCACUCCAACAGUGCCGAGGAUUUCUCGGAGUGCGAUUACAACAGCUUCAAUCCGUCGCCAUAGAUGGAGGAGAGAAGAUGGCUUUGACUUCUCAAACGAGGCUGACUCGAGUAUUCCUGGCUCCCCGAUCCAACACGGCUCCACUGACCUAGGGAUCAAACGUGUGCAAGAGGGGGAGGUGCUGGUGCACAGGACUCCUGAGCACGGCUCACCGGAGCCCAACUCAGCAGCAGCCACAACAGAGGGUGCUGAGGGUAUAAAUGGAGGAGAGGAGUCGGUAAACCUGAAUGAUGCAGAUGAAGGAUUUUCAUCAGGGGCUUCCCUCAGCAGCCAGCCAAUUGGGACCAAACCAUCCUCCUCUUCUCAGAGGGGAAGCUUAAGGAAAGUAGCAACUGGGCGUUCAGCCAAGGAUAAAGAAACAACUUCUGCCAUCAAAUCCAAUGAGAGCCCUCGAGAUUCAGUAGUUCGCAGGCAGUAUGUACAGCAACCAACUGAUCUUAGUGUAGAUUCAAUUGAGCUGACACCGAUGAAGAAACACCUGAGCCUGCCUGCUGGCCAGGUGGUGCCAAAAACUAAUAGCAUUAAUCUAAUCCGGACAGCCAGUGCUUCCUCAAGUAAAUCAUUUGACUAUGUAAAUGGCAGUCAAGCAAGUACCAGCAUUGGGGUUGGCACUGAGGGUAUUACUAAUUUAGCAGCUAACAAUGCUAAUCGAUAUUCAACUAUCAGUCUACAGGAAGACCGGCUAGGUCAAGCUACAGAAGGUAAAGAGCUCCUCAGCCCAGGAGCUCCCUUAACCAAGCAGUCUCGAUCCCCAAGUUUCAAUAUGCAGCUAAUAUCCCAGGUGUAGUCUUGAUAUCCUCUCUCAUCUUUCUGCUUAUCUUCUAGACUGAACAUUUCAUUGUGCAAGAAGACACUUCAUCCCACAUUGUGAAAACAUUGGUAAUCAUAAACAGAUCUGAUUUAGUUUAGGUAUCUUCAUACUGUAUUUUGUAUGGAAACAGCAAUAAGGUUUUCUUUUCUCUCUUUCCUAUAUCGUCCCUUCACCUGUUCCUUGUAAACGUGUUUGUGAAGCAGUAGAAAAUGUUCGCGUUUUCCACAACUUCGUUUCUCCUUGGGUGAUGUGCAAUCCAUCGUAGGCUGAUCGGUCCCAUUUCAACACUGUGAGACUGAGGUUAUGUUAGAGGAAAUGGUGUAUAUGAUCCCUAUGAAUGAUACUUUGGCUUUUGUUUUUAAAAAAAAAAAAAAAAAACGGGUUUGUUCUCAUAAUCUGUAGAACUAUGAAGAUAACUGGAUCAUAUUUUUUCUCUCUUAACCAGGAGUGCCUCAGAGAUUCUGCUAUGACUUUGGACUUCUCUGAGUCUGUGCAAUCAUUUUCUUGAGAAGCAUGGGGAAAGGUGGUAGACUGCUGCACUUUUUCAUUAAAAUGAGGGUGGCUCUUUUUUUCCCCCAUCUCCUUUAUCUCGAAGAUACAAUGUUCAAUUACUGAGGCAUUUGAAUCAAGUUGUGGCCACCUCUGUUGGAGGACAGGGCUCUAAGUUGAUUGUGUAAUAGAUAAUGCACUUUCUCAAUGGCUCUAUAGUCAUUAUUAACAUGUCUUCCCUCCUCCCCACAGGGACAUAAGGUCAUUUCUGUCCUUUGAGUUUGAACAGCUAAUAAAUCAGAGAAUCCAAGGGGCUUGUUCUAUUUCCCAGGAAUGAUUGACACUUCGGUGCUGGGGUUUUAUGGGGGGAGGGGGCAGUUUCUGUUUAGCUUGUGUGGAAUUGUUUGUGUGAGGGGAAGUUUUGAUUGUUUUUUCUUUUUCUUUUCCUUUGUGAGCUGAUAAUGACUGAAGUAGAACAAGUACGUCUUCAGGUAAAGAGAGGGAUUUCUCAACCCACUUUCUAUGAUGUCAGACUAUUGGAGAAACCCUUUCAGCUGCUUUCUAGAUGUACCUAAAUUCAGUCAGAUAUUUUGGAUUAAGAAACCUGAAGUCCUGAUAGGUCAUAUACUCCAAGGAAAUACAUCAGGGACAGAUAAUUGGCUGAAAACACUGACGCUUCAAUGUGACACAUUUUUAUAGAGCAUUUCUACUAGGGGGUACUGACUUGAUUUCUCCUACAAGGACCACACUGCCUUUGUGUUUAAUGUAAUGCAAUUUGUGUACCUUCUAAUCAUAUAUCUGCAAAAGUUCUCAUUUUUAUAAAUCUUUGAAAUCAUGCCAGUAAGCUAGAUGUUGAAUGUAUGUAAGUAGCAUUUGGUAACUGUGCUAAAAGGCUAUGAAAAUGCAUUAUUGGUUUUUUUAGAAGUUAUUUUUUUUUAGUUCUGAUUUGGUUGGAUAAGAUUUCAUUAUGAACUCAUCUGGGUCCCAGGCUCUAAUGCUUGAUUGAAAUAGAAGAAAAUAUAUUGGUUUUUGAAAAUCAGUGUAUCCUGACUUGAACUGCUAUACAUUCUUCCACACAAUAUUCAGAGCGAUGAAUACUUUGUACAUUUAGACAUUCUUAUUUUAUUAUUGUAAAAGAAAAAUAUACUGAAUUUACAGAAAGCAAGUAUUCUCCUAAUUAACAAAGUUUGAAAUAUUACCUCUACUGAUUAAAAUUCCAAUAGAUUUUGAUAAAAUAACCAGAAAAAUGCUUCUCAUUUUUUCACACCUUAAAAUCCAGCCCCUUCCUUUUUAUUGUAAGAGGUUUUUAUUUUGGGGGGUUUUGUAAGGUACUUUCUGUUAGAAUCUUUAUGAAAACAGUGAGAUGCUUGUUUGAAUUUGGUGGUGUGUAAUAUUUUUCAGCUCAUAUGAAAAUGGAAAACUAGGACCUGAACUAUUACCUAUAACAUUGCCAAAGUCUGAAGAAAAGCUAAAAGUUGAUAAAUAGAGAUUUAUUGAUUUGUGUAUAUAUAUGUGUGUGUGUAUGUGUGUGUAUAUAUAUGGUGUGUAUAUGUAUAUAUCACAAAGACAUAUUUUAGAUAUCUUUUCUUUUAAUUUAACUAAGGGAUGUCAGAUAAAUGAAUUAAAAGCAGCCAAAUAAAUGAGGUGUAAAGGUAUAUAACAUAAUAAGGAAAGCAAAGUUUCAGGUAUGAAAAGAAAAGAGCAUUAUACUUAACAGGAGGUGAGAUCUUGACCAUGGCUGGAGAUCAGUCACUUUAUGGUAAAACUGCCUGGUUGAUUUAAGACGCUGAAGGGUUGUUUUUAAUUUAGCAAGUUGUACAUUUAUUGGCACCUAAAUCUAGCAUGCUUAUAGUUAUAGCACAAAAAAAACCCCAAAUAAUACCAAAUUACAGCAAAAACUGUAAAAGACAUAAUAAACUCUCCCUCUGAUUUGUUAGAAAUCUUAUGUUACACUUGAAAAGCUGGUUUUGAAAAACUUUCAACUUAAAGGAUUUCAUAUAUCUAUGUGUAUUCAUAUAUAUUUUGUACAUACAUAUACCCAUUAAUGUUUCAUGACCCUCUAACAUUUGUGUUCCAUUCUUUUAAGUGGUAUGAUUUGGCUCCAAAGAAGAAAUAAUUCAUUUAGUUCAAAUUUUGCAUUUGGUGUCUUAGAACAGAUUUCCUGUGCAAGAUAUAGUUAAAAUGGAGUGAGUCAGUCAUAAACCAUAGUCACAUUUUCUAAGAGAUUUUUUAAAUAUUCAUUUGCAUUAUUGCAUUUAAUGUAAAAUAGUUUUCAGAUAUACAACUGUUACAGAUAUAUGCCAGCAAUAUUCACGCUUUAUCCUUUAACAACUUUUUGUUUUUAUACUUCCUAACUUCCAUUUAAAAAAGUUCUUGAGUUUAUGGACAAGCUAGUUAGGGCGAAAAUACUUGUUUUCUAUAAUAAAACAAUUUGAUUGAUGUUAUCUAUGCCAGGUUCAAUUAAGAAAUACAAGGAUAUUAUCUGCAAGUUUUGAGAAUUCUUCUCUAUGAUGUUAAUUUGAAAUCAUGUUACUAGAACACAUAUAUAUUUUAGAACAAAUCAAGUGUAAAGUGAAAGCUAGCUUAGUAGUAAGAUUUUUAAAUUUGAAAAUAUUCUGAGAAGCUGCAUGGGAGCAUGAUGAUUGUAAUUUGAAAUCCUGAUCAUUACCACUAGUCUUACCUUCCCAAUGAUUCUCCUGUGCCUAUUUAUUAUAAAGUCAAUUUUUUUGUUCUAAAGAGACCAUAGAGGUAAUCUAGGAGUCUCCCAGCACCCACUCCUUCAUAUCCAUUCUGAGGAAACUGAGGCUCAAAAAGGUUGUAAUGUGCUCAAAGUCACAUAACUUAGAAGCAGAGCCAGAGUCAAACUCCUGUCUCCCGUCAAAUGCAUAUUAACACCCCACUGCCUCCUUUCACUCAUCAUAUGGUGAGUGUGGUUAUGGAACACUCUCCAAUUCUGCAGUUUCUUUACAGUUUGGGUCUAGUAGUGGUGAAUAUAGCACAUUAAGAAAAGUAUUAAAUCCAGAGAAAAAUGUAGAGUAAUAAACAUAGAUGGGGAAGGACAGAUACAUUUUUCUUACUCUAAUUUAUGCCUUACUGUUUUCUGCCACUUAACAAUUGUAUGCUGCCAUUUUAUAGUUUAUUAUGUUUUGGGGAAUUUAUUUAAAUGCAAAAAUAAACCCAGUGAAAAUGACUUUAAUCAGUGUUUCUAGCUAUCUUAAGUAAUUUUUGAAUCAGCCAGCUUUCACAGUCACCUAGGUGGCAGGUUAACUGUAUUGCACAGUGUAGUAUUGCAAAGUAAAGAUAAAUUUGAUUCCAUAAUUUCUCAUGUAAAGAGAUUGAACCUGGUGCUCAGACCAGAUAGGUACAAGCAAUUAUUUCCUUCUGUGAUUGAAAAAGAUUUAUAGUGAAGCUUAUGGUUCCAUAACAGAAUGGUGACCCAUGUCAUCUAAAGUGUAUAUAUGGUAUAAAAUGUCUUAAAUGCGAUAGUCCCAGCUAUAUAAGCUCAAUAUUUCCAACCUACAUUCUCAAAUUCCACUUGGUAGCUUUACUGAAGUACUGAGAAUAACUCAUUUUAAGUUUUGUUUGCACCAUUUUUGUGACUAUUUUAAUGAAGUGGGGUGUUUUUCCUACUCGGACGAGUUAAUAUGGGUCCAUUUUUGAGUACUUUUAAUUGUUGACAAUCAGUAAGUCUCAUUUAAUUCUCUGCAUGUUCAUCUGUAAAUAAAAAUAUUAGUACGUAUCUUCAGUGGGUAGUACACUAUUUAUACAGACACUAGCAAGGAGGUUCUCUCCAUUUCUGAUCUUGGAAUUACAAAGUAAGUUUUAUGGUUUUGUUUUUUAAAAAUCAGUAUUUCAGUUACAUACUUGUUUUUUAGUUUAAAAAUGUUUAAUAAGUCAUGACAGUGGUCAGAAAAUCUACAACAAUUUUAGAGCAAUUUUUUCUAUACUAUGGCUAUGUAAACAGUCUGAACCUGAGACUUUUUAUCUUUCAAGUUGAAUGAUUAUUGUCAUGUUUCAAACCACUAAGUCGGUUGAGACACUUAUUUGUAAAAAUACUUUAAUUUUUAAAAAAGUGCUUUUUAGAAUCAAGCUGUUUGAAAAUCAGCUAGAAAUAAUUGAUAGCUUAAACUCUAAAUGUUAGAAUAUUUGCCAGAUUGUAAAAUGGGAUGCAGUAUAAAAUUGUUAACAGUGCUAAAAAAAAAAACGAGUCACCAGAUUGAUACAGCUUUCCAUUGCCAAGGUGGUCGUGUUGAUAAUGUAAGACAUAAAUUUUAGUAUUACCUACAUUGUAUACCUAAUGGGUAUAUCAUAUUGGCACUGAACAUAUAUAGGAAAUACUAUUUGUAGAGUCAACCAAUGUGCACUUAAACUGUUGGAUUUUUGGUGGUGCCAGAAAUUUGUGUGGUGAUCCCAACCCAUUAGAAUUAGAGGAGUCAUAUAAUCAUCCAACCUUCCCCUGCCCAUGUAGGUACAUUGCUUCUGAACCUGACCACAUAACCACAAAAUUUAACUUCAGUCUCUUCAGUAUGUUUAUAAUCUUAGCCAUUAGUCACAUGAGAAAUAGAAGAGCAAACAGUUUAGGAUAGAAGUUAGCACAUAGCUGACAAUGAUGUGAAAUAACUGGCAGCAUAGUACAGGUACGUAAGUUCUAUGUUUUGUUUCUGGAUUUUGUGAAAAUGUUUACAAAUUAAGUCAUAUUCAGAUGUCUGCUAUUAUGCUCUUCUGUUUAAUACAGAUUUUUACACCCAAAAUUAGAAUUAGGCAUAGCUUAAAGUAUAAAUGAGUCUUUUUUUUUUUUUUUUUCAGAAUUGUGUAUCUGAAGGUAGGUUUAGUAAAGAAAGUCUUCUGUUUUCAAAGAAAAUGAACUUAAUUGGACAGUCCAUCCCCAACUACAGAAUUCAUAUCAAUCUGGUUUGCUGUAUCUGAGUGUCAAAAGUGUAGUGUUAAUGAUAUCAGAGGAAACUCGUCACACCUUCAUAAACUACAAAAGUUACCAAAGAAAAUGAAUCAACCAAAUAUAAAAUUUGAAGUACCUAACUGUUAAGGAAUGAGGCCCCUUUUAACAUGAAGGAUUGAUUUCUAGCCCUGGAGGAAAUAUUCUUCCAUAUGGAACAGAUAUACAGAAUCGACAAGAUUCCAUUUGAGGUUUUCUUAUCAUGUUGGUAAAAUGUCAACAUUUAUACUUCCAGCAAAAGUACCAGUUAAGGGUCAAGUCAAAAUACUAUUUCUUAUGGCAAAUUUUCAUGUCUCCUUAAUUCAAAUUAAGGAUUUUGCUCAUCAGUAUUAAAUAAAAGGGGGAGAGAAAAGAAUUCCUGUAAUUGGUAUACUGUAUAAUAUUGUGACUUCCUAAAAAAAUUGAGGGUAAAUUAUAGAAAUGUGUAUUUUUAAGUGAGCAAUGUCAGUUAUUUCUAGUAAGUAUGAUAUUGGCUAACACUAUGUUUGUUUACAUAAUUUAUGUACUCGAUCACUCUGGGUAUUUUUUUUCUUCACAGAAAAACACGAUUGGGUUAAGAAAAGUUAAAACACUUAUUUUUAAAAUAGUUCAGUAAGCACUAAAGAAUUUACUUAAACUGUUAAAUAAUGAUUUGGGGGGAUAUGAAUUUGUAUAUUACCUGAUGUCCCAAACAGGCUCUAUGUAUUAUUUUUUUUAUAUCAGAUAGAAGUUAAAAAGUAAUGAAUGUGUUGAUCUGCUAUCUUAGAAAAGAUUGGCUUUCUAACAAUUAUGAACGUCGGUUUUUAUGUUGUUUUUUUUUAAGUUUUAUCAUCCAAACUGAAUUGAGACAUAUACUAAAUGUUCUUUGUGUUGUUUUAAAAUAUUUGUAAGAAGUUCAUUAACUGCUUUACAGUGGUUACAGUGGUGGUUUUUUGAUUCUUAUUCUAAAACUUAUACUGGCUUUCCAUUCAGUUUAUGGUUAAGUGAAACAGUUUUUAUGGUGCAAAGAUAAUUUUCCCACUUUGUCAUCAUAAUUUGACUCUCCUGACCUACAGUUUCUCAAGAGUUUUUUACUACUGUAACAUCAUGUAUCUGAUCUCUGUCACAAUGGACAAGUAUACAGGAAAUAUCCAACUUUCACAUGUUUGCUUCAAAAAGGAUACAGGUUGAAUAGGUCAGCUCUUAUGUUUUUGUUUCUUAACCAGCAUCAACCUAUAUAGCUUGGUGUAAACUUGCCAAGUAUUCAGAGAAUAGUGCUGGUUAAAAUUUAAAUAUGAUAGUCAGGAAGAAAAUAUGAUCUCUAUUGACUGAUGUCCUUUCAAACUAGGACUAGUGAAAACUUUUUUUUCAGAGCUGAAGAAGAAGAAACGCACAUUUAAGAUCAUAUUUAUUGGUGCAUGUAAGCCAUUAUCUUAACUGUCUUACUGAACUGGUUAAUGCUGUUGAUUGUUGAAAUGUGAAAUGUAGUCACUGUUGACCUUGUAAAUAUCUGCCAGAGAUGAAAAAAUAUUUUAAGUUAUAAAUAAAGAUGUAUAAAAUUCAUUAUCAGUCUGCAAUGCAGAAACAUAUCUAAGAUGUUAAAUAUUGUGUUUCUUGAGAAAUGUGUAAUUUUUCCCUAGAUGUAUCUAGUUACAUUAAGGAUGUAAAUUUUCUUUUGUACAGUAUAAAAUACAGCUUUAUUUGGCUUUUGA